GGGGCGGGGCUUAGGGCCCGACCUGCGGGCGGCGGUCGCCGGAGCCAGGGGGCCGGGCGGCGGACAGAGGGGCGGACAGCCGUGCCGGCCGCCAUGACAGAUCAGACCUACUGUGACCGCCUGGUGCAGGACACGCCUUUCCUGACAGUCCAAGGGCGCCUGAGUGAGCAGCAGGUGGACAGGAUUAUCCUUCAGCUGAAUCGCUACUACCCACAGAUCCUCACCAACAAGGAGGCCGAAAAGAAAAGGUUGCUGCGGCCCAAGAAGCUGUCACAUGCCCUGGGUCAUCCAUCACAGGAGUUUCGGAACCCCAAGGUGUCCCUGCGCCGACGACUUUGUGACCUCCUGAGCCAUCUGCAGCGGAGCGGGGAGCGGGACUGCCAGGAGUUCUACCGAGCCCUGUACAUCCACGCCCAGUCCCUGCACAGCUGCCUGCCCAGCCGCCACGUGCUGCAAAACUCAGAUUGCACAGAGCUCGACUGGGGCAGCGAGAGCCAUGAGCUGAGUGACAGGGGACCCAUGAGCUUCCUGGCGGGCCUUGGCUUGGCCGCUGGACUGGCCCUCUUCCUCUACUGCUGCCCUCCAGACCCCAAAGUGCUGCCAGGGGCCCGGCGGAUCCUUGGCUUCUCACCUGUCAUCAUCGACAGGCAUGUCAGCCGCUACCUGCUGGCCUUCCUGGCAGAUGACUUCAGGGCGCUGUGACAGACCCAGACCUGGAGGAUCUUGCCCUCUGCUCAACCAAAGAAUCCCGUGGCUGCCCGCCCCGGGGACAGCACUUCUUUUUCUAAAUGCUAUUUUUCAUUAUUUAUAAUUUCUAUAUGAAGAACCUUUAUCCCACAAGGUGCUUAAUGAUAUUAAACGUUCAAGUCUGCUCAA